GGCUAUGAUUGUGGUGUUGGCUGUGCAUGCACAGUUUGCAUCCUAUACGUUUCCAAGAGUGAGUGAUUAUACAACUGAGGGUUUGUAAUUAAGCGGAUUGAUUCCUCAGUGCCAGCGAUCCGCCCCUGCCGCUCUUCUCUAUAGGAGUUGAGAAGUUGGUUUGUCCUCAUUUGGAUCAGCAACGCUGCAAGAGACGCUUGCAAGGUUUUGAGCUGCUGACACUUUAGUCACCGCAACGAGAGGGAGCGGCACUGUGUGCGGGGAGACUGGAGAAUAUCAAGCACACCACACAUUUACUCCGGGAUUUACUCGCCUUAAAAAAAACCAGAAGCUUCGGAGGGAAUUACUGAACGUCUUCGAUUAGCGCAAAUCUUUUUGCGUUGCAUCUUAAUUUCUCUCUACCGGGAAAGCAAAAGGGUUUAAACAGCGGAAUUUCACUUUGCGAUGCUACUCUCCAAGAAGAUCGGUUCGUUUGCUCACAUUUGCAACCCGACCAGCAUGGAUUUGCCAGUGAAAAUCCAAUUGCAGCAAGUGAAGGAGCGGGAGCCUUUUGAGAAAGUCUAUCAGAUUGGGGCAGUGUUGGGCAGCGGUGGUUUCGGCACUGUGUACAGUGGUGUACGGCUGAGUGACGGGCUCCCGGUUGCUGUCAAACAUGUGGCCAGAGAACGAGUGACUGAAUGGGGCUCGCUGAAUGGCAGCCUUGUGCCCCUGGAGAUCAUGCUGCUUAAGAAGGUGGCCGGCGGCUUUCGAGGGGUCAUUAAAAUGCUGGAUUGGUACGAACGGGGUGACAGCUUCUUGUUAAUCAUGGAGCGGCCGGAACUGGUCAAGGACCUGUUUGAUUUUAUCACCGAGAAAGGUGCCCUGGAGGAAGAGCUUGCCCGGGUCUUCUUCAGGCAGGUCCUGGAGGCAGUCCGACACUGCUAUAGCUGCGGGGUGGUUCACCGGGACAUCAAGGACGAGAAUCUGCUGGUCGACCUGCGCUCCGGCGAGCUCAAGCUCAUCGACUUCGGGUCGGGGGCGCUGCUCAAGGACACGGUCUACACGGAUUUUGACGGCACAAGAGUAUACAGCCCUCCAGAGUGGAUCCGUUACCAUAGAUACCAUGGAAGAUCUGCUACUGUGUGGUCUUUGGGAGUGUUGCUGUAUGACAUGGUGUGUGGGGAUAUCCCUUUUGAACAAGAUGAAGAAAUCUUGCGUGGUCAAGUAUAUUUCAGGAGGAGAAUUUCUUCUGAAUGUCAGGAUUUGAUUAAGUGGUGCCUUGCACUGCGGCCUUCUGAGAGACCCAUGCUCGAGCAGAUCUUCGAUCACGCCUGGAUGCGGAAGGCUGAAGUAGUUAAGACUGAAGACUGUGACAUCAGGCUGCUGAGCUUAGACCAUGAGGCCUCCAGCACAAGUUCAAGCAAAGAAAGUCUGUGAAAUAAUCAAUGCCUCGCAGCAGGAGGGGAGCUCGACACUAAAGGACCCUGUGGUGGUGCCACCAGCUUGUCGUGGGAGGGGAUAAUAGUUUAUUUCGGAUCCAGUUCUCUGGGUGGGGAGGGUGGGGAAACAGGAGGGUGGGUGGGAAAUGGGGAGAAAUCUGACUGCUGGUUACUGCUCUGAAUUAAUUUUGUUUUCUUUUGGGAACAUUGGAGUUUGAGAUAAAUAGGCCAGUACUUAGCAAUGACUGACCUUUAUUUUUUAGCAAAAAGUGACCUCCAAACAAUGCAAACUCUGCUCUCAUAGAGUCUGGACUAAAUGUUCUUUGCUUUCUGAGUGCCUUUUGAAAGCUGCUUUAAUUCACUGGUGAUGGAAUACUUGAACACACUUUGUUCCCCUUCUAUCUGCUGCUCAGAAUACUUUGGCCUGCACAGAGGUGUGUAGAGAGACAUCAAGAACUGUCUGCCAGCAAUGUUGGUUUUUCCUCUUUUUUUCCAAUUUUCCUUUCCCUAGCCAUCACAACCACUAGACAGAUGCCCCUUUUUUUUGUUUUUUUGCCCUCUUCUACCAUCAACCUGCGAGUUUUAUUUGUUCGUGGCCAAGGCAUAUCGGGGCAUGGUUGUAUGCACAAUCAAUGCAAUUCAAGGACACUUUCAAGACUGUACAUUGUAUGUAAUGUAAAUUGUUUCAUUAUGUAUUAUACUUUUUAUUUAUUUGUAUUCUUAAAGUUAGACUGUCCACAAAUUUCACGUGGCUAUUUAUUUGUUUAAUUUAUUUUAGAGAAAAA